AUGGCUGGACGAAAAAGAAAUAAUAACAACGGUAAUGGCGAUGGAGUGCCUGAUGGCGAUGUUGCUCUAAUUAUACGCGCGAUUGCUGAUAGGGUAGGCAAUAUACCACCCCGAAACCAAGAUCAAAACAAAUCGGAGAUGAUAGCAAAAUUUGAAAAGCUACGUCCCCACAAAUUCCUUGGUGGAUCAAACCCCCAUGAAGCUGAAGCUUGGUUAAGACAAAUUAAGAAGUUGCUAGAUACUUCCGAUAUCCGAAACGAACAAGAUAGAGUGACUAUAGCGGCAUUUCAAAUAGAAGGGGAAGCAGAUCAUUGGUGGGAAAUGAUCAAAAGUACUCGACAAGUAGAGACAUUAACUUGGAGACAGUUCGAAGACCUGUUCAUGGAAAAGUAUUUUCCUAACUCGCUAAGACAGGAAAUGAUUCAAGAGUUCCUUCAACUGAAACAAGGAAAAAUGUCAGUUGCUCAAUAUGCGAACCGUUUUGAAGCUCUUUCACGGUAUGCUGCAGCCAUAGUAACAAAUGAAGGGGAUAAGGUUAGGCGAUUUGAAUGGGGUUUGGACACAGACAUUAGAGGAAAAUUGAUCGCAGUACAACUCUCCACUUAUGCCCAAAUGGUGGAUCGAGCUUUAAUUGUGGAACGAGAGUUAGCAGAUUCUGAACGCAUUCGAAAUCAGUGA